CGCAGCGCACAGCAACCGUUUCAUAAAAAACCCCGACUGGCCGCUGGUCGGAGUGACCGUUGUUUUGUCCUCGCCCCAUGGCUGGAGCGUGCUGCAAAUGUUCCGCGUCUCUGUCGGUGUUCAAGCGCUCUCUGUCCGUCACCUCACGGGGGUCCGGUCCGGCCUCGCGACCGAUCCAUACGUGGGGACGGCUGGGCGAGAGAGGUGUUCACGAGGGGUGCCUUGCGGCUCGUCCCUCCGCGCUGAAAACGGCGAGCUCGUACCGACACCCCGUGUUCCUCUGUUUCUCCUGCCAGGAGUCCAUGAGCGAGAGCUUGCGGACGUGCUACGUCUACCUGAACCAGACCAGCCGAAGUUUCGCAGCCGUCAUCCAAGCCCUGGACGGAGAGUUAAGGCAUGCGGUGUGUAUCUUCUACCUGGUUCUGCGGGCGCUGGACACGGUGGAGGACGACAUGAGUAUUCCGCUGGAGCGCAAGGUUCCGAUGCUCACGGGGUUCCACUCCUUCCUCUACCAGCCCGACUGGAGCUUCAGCGACAGCCAGGAGAAGGACCGCCAAGUGCUGCAGGACUUCCCCACGAUCUCGGUGGAGUUCCGUAACCUGGGGCAGGAGUACCAGGACGUGAUCGUGGACAUCUGCCAGCGCAUGGGGGAGGGGAUGGCCGAGUUCCUGGAGAAGAAAGUUGGAUCCAUGGCAGAGUGGGAUAAGUACUGUCACUACGUGGCAGGGCUGGUGGGCGUCGGCUUGUCGCGGCUCUUCUCGGCGUCUCAAUUGGAGGAUGCGGAGGUGGGCGGAGACUCUGAGCUGGCCAAUAGCAUGGGGCUGUUCCUGCAGAAGACCAACAUCAUCAGAGACUACCUGGAGGACACGCGAGAGGGACGCGCCUUCUGGCCCGAGGAGGCCUGGAGUAAGUUUGCGGUUACUCUAGAGGACUUCUCUGACCCUGCUCACCUGACCGCUGGACUGAGCUGCCUGAACCUGCUGGUGACCGAUGCCCUGCGGCACGUCCCUGAUGUCAUCCGCUACCUGGAGCGCCUGCGCAACCAGUCCGUCUUCAACUUCUGUGCCAUCCCUCAGGUGAUGGCGAUAGCGACGCUGGCGGCGUGCUACAACAACCCCAUGGUGUUCCAGGGCGUGGUCAAGAUCCGCAAGGGCCAAGCAGUGACCCUCAUGAUGCAGGCCACCAGCAUGACCAACGUCAAGGCCAUCAUAGCCCAGUACAGCCAGGAGAUGCUGCAGAAGGUGUGUGUGUCGGACCCGUCGUGUGAGCGCACUCUGCACGUGCUCAGUGUGAUCCGCGAGCGCUCCCUGUGUGAGGAGUCGUUGGCGGCGCGCGCACCUCACCUGUCCCCCGUCUACCUGUCCGCCGCCAUGCUGCUCGCCGCACUCAGCUGGCAGUACCUGAGCACCACCGCCGUCGCCAACGGCAACGCACCGCCCGCCUCCUCAGACAUGCAGGGGCACUGAGCAUGCCCACAACUCAUCAUCACCCCCCAUGCUCCACUGAGCAUGCCCACAACUCAUCAUCACCUCCCCCAUGCUCCACUGAGCAUGCCCAGAACUCAUCAUCAUCCCCCCAUGCUCCACUGAGCAUGCCCACAACUCAUCAUCGCCCCCCCAUGCUCCACUGAGCAUGCCCACAACUCAUCAUCACCCCCCCAUGCUCCACUGAGCAUGCCCAGAACUCAUCAUCCCCCCCUGGUUCCACUGAGCAUGCCCAGAACUCAUCAUCCCCCCCUGGUUCCACUGAGCAUGCCCAGAACUCAUCAUCCCCCCCUGGUUCCACUGAGCAUGCCCAGAACUCAUCAUCCCCCCCUGGUUCCACUGAGCAUGCCCAGAACUCAUCAUCCCCCCCUGGUUCCACUGAGCAUGCCCAGAACUCAUCAUCCCCCUGGUUCCACUGAGCAUGCCCAGAACUCAUCAUCCCCUGGUUCCACUGAGCAUGCCCAGAACUCAUCAUCCCCCUGGUUCCACUGAGCAUGCCCAGAACUCAUCAUCCCCUGGUUCCACUGAGCAUGCCCAGAACUCAUCAUCCCCCUGGUUCCACUGAGCAUGCCCAGAACUCAUCAUCCCCCUGGUUCCACUGAGCAUGCCCAGAACUCAUCAUCCCCCCUGGUUCCACUGAGCAUGCCCAGAACUCAUCAUCCCCCCUGGUUCCACUGAGCAUGCCCACAACUCAUCAUCCCCCCUGGUUCCACUGAGCAUGCCCAGAACUCAUCAUCCCCCCUGGUUCCACUGAGCAUGCCCAGAACUCAUCAUCCCCCCUGGUUCCACUGAGCAUGCCCAGAACUCAUCAUCCCCCCUGGUUCCACUGAGCAUGCCCAGAACUCAUCAUCCCCCCUGGUUCCACUGAGCAUGCCCAGAACUCAUCAUCCCCCCUGGUUCCACUGAGCAUGCCCAGUGCUGGAAGCCUGGACCCGUCUAGAGACCUGGUUUACUACAGGGUGUGUGUGUGUGUGUGUGUGUGUGUGUGUGUGUGAGGUUGUAUCUGUUUAUAUAUGAGCAAGAGACCUGGUUUACUACAGGGUGUGUGUGUGUGUGUGUGUGUGUGUGUGUGUGUGUGUGAGAUUGUAUCUGUUUAUGUAUGAGCAAGAGUUUGUGUGUGCAAGUCCAUAUAUGUUUGUGUGUGAGAGAGAGAGAGAGAGAGAAUGUGUGUGUGUGUGUGUGUCUUGGUCAAUCACUUGAAUCUGUCUGUUUGGAUUGAGUUUGAAACAUGCUGGACGUAAUUUCUGUUUCAGUCGACACGUGCUCUCCUCACGUGUGUGUGUGUGUGUGUGAGAGAGUGUGUGUGUGUGUGUCAUUUCUGUAACAGUUCUUCCUCACAUUGUUUUGUUGGUUUGUUUGUUUGUUUGUUUACGAUUUUAAGUAAAUAAUGAAGCAUUGCUCA